AUGUCCUUCUCGUUGACUCCUAGAACAGCCACCGUUGUCGCCUCGGCGUCAUGGCUCUUCAACUUCGGUGCCCAAAUGGUAGGCAUGCUCUCGACACCAAACAUGAAAGACGUAGCUGAUGCGCAUCAUGCGUUUCUUGCACCACAGCCCUUUGCCAUUGCCUUGUUUUUCUUCCCUCAAACGUGUAUUCAGGUAUACUGGAUCUAUCAAUUAGCCAAAGCACAACCUGGCUAUGGCAUGCUUCGCGAUGGCCUCCUCCACGAAGGCGAACAGCCAAUAGAGGAAAGCCAGGCAGUGGAAGAGACUGUUCGCUAUGUCCCUUACUUUGCGCUUGGCAAUGUAUGUAUCGGGCUCUGGAUGCUCUUUUGGACAAAUAACCAUCUCGGCCUGAGCGACAUCCUCGUCAACAUCAACUCUGCCGCUCAACUCUACUAUGCAUUCACACAACUUGGACCGUUGUCGAAAGAGACGCUCCUCACGCAUAUUGUAUGCAAGAUGUUUGCAGGCAUCGGGAUCCUCGAUGUCGUGGACAAUGCAUCUUCUGCGUUCCUGAAUUAUAAAGAUUCAGGGUUCCACGCAGGUAUCGUCACCUACGUGCUGACCUUCCUGGUCGCGGCAGGUCUCGCAGCAGUCAGCGAUCUGCUCCUUGGCGUCUGUGUCGUGUAUGACUUGAUUGCGCUGUGUGCGGGUCAGCUGGCAUAUGACGGGCUUUGGGCAUUCAUCCUGCUCGCUGCAGCUGGACUCGCGGCUGCCAUUGUCGUAUUGAAAGCGGCCAGGGAGAAGGAAGUGUACCGUGCCGUCUUCUUGGGUGGUAAUACCAUCUAA